AUGCCUCUCGCCAACACCCUCCCCACCGGCUCCAAGCCCAGCACUCCCGGCCUAGCCCCAUCCACCAUCACCCGCGUGACGCUCGCCAGCGGCUACCGCGCCUACCACCCCUCAGGCGACAGCAGCAGCAGCAGCAGCAGCCUCGCCGCCCAGCCACCCAAGCCCAAAAAGACCGUCCGCUUCGUUGUUGGGGAGGAGGAGAGCGCUGCGCUGACGGAGGGGUCGGAUUCGGAGGAUGGUGACGAGUAUGAUUUUGUAAACGACUUCUCGCUUGAGGAGGCGGAGGGUUGGGUGCCGGUUAUGGUGGCGGAGGAGGACCACGGAGACGACUGGAUGUCGUUGACGGGCUCUUGGAUCAAGAUGGGGGAUGCACCCGGCGAUGUCAAGAAGGUUCAGGAGAAGGUGGUGGCUGGUUGA